GCGCCAUUGCACUCCAGCUUGGGUGACAGAGCAAGACUCCAUCUCAAAACAAACAAACAAACAAAAUCAAGAUUUGGGAAAGUCUCCAGAUAGCUUUUUAGGAAAUACAUCAGAAGAAGGACGAGGUAUCCUGGUGUAAGUGACCUGAGGGCCUUGUGUAGCUUCCCUGAAUAUGUUGCAAUACACUGGGAGGAAGCCAUAUUUCCUAGAUUUAUACCCACUUUCAGAUUUACACCCGCUCCCUAAGGCCAAGGUGCCUCUGGUCAGAAGUAGAAUGAAAAAGAAUUGUUCUCACCAAGGAAAUCUCUGUAGAAAAGUUGCUGUGAAACUGGAAUAGGUGUGUCUUUCUGUCCUUCCGGUUCUUUUUAUAGAUACUGCAGGAACCUCAGUGAGAGCCUACGGUCCUUCCGCCCAUUUGGGAAGAGAUUAAAGAAGCUCAGGUUGGCUCUUUCUUACUCAUUGGCAGUUACAACCUCACCAACACUACAGCCUAAGCUUCCAGAGUGGACACGGAGAAGGACAUCAGAAAAACAUUCUGGUGAGGCCUACACCCAUAAGUCACCAUGUACAAGGACUGCAUCGAGUCCACUGGAGACUAUUUUCUUCCCUGUGACUCUGAGGGGCCAUGGGGCAUCAUUCUGGAGUCCCUGGCAAUACUUGGCAUCGUGGUCACAAUUCUGCUACUCUUAGCAUUUCUCUUCCUCAUGCGAAAGAUCCAAGACUGCAGCCAGUGGAACGUCCUCCCCACCCAGCUCCUCUUCCUCUUGAGUGUGCUGGGGCUCUUUGGACUCGCUUUUGCCUUCAUCAUCCAGCUCAAUCAGCAAACUGCCCCCGUACGCUACUUUCUCUUCGGGGUUCUCUUUGCUCUCUGUUUCUCGUGCCUCUUAGCCCAUGCCUCCAACCUAGUGAAGCUGGUUCGGGGUCGCGUCUCCUUCUCCUGGACGACAAUUCUGUGCAUUGCUAUUGGUUGCAGUCUGUUGCAGGUGAUUAUUGCCAUUGAGUAUGUGACUCUCAUCAUGACCAGAGGUAUGAUGUUUGUGCACAUGACACCCUACCAGCUCAAUGUGGACUUUGUUGUACUCCUAGUCUAUGUCCUCUUCCUGAUGGCCCUCACAUUCUUCGUCUCCAAAGCCACCUUCUGUGGCCCGUGUGAGAACUGGAAGCAGCAUGGAAGACUCAUCUUUAUCACUGUACUCUUCUCCAUCAUCAUCUGGGUGGUGUGGAUCUCCAUGCUCCUGAGAGGCAACCCGCAGUUCCAGCGACAGCCCCAGUGGGACGACCCGGUCGUCUGCAUUGCCCUGGUCACCAACGCAUGGGUUUUCCUGCUGCUGUACAUUGUCCCUGAGCUCUGCAUUCUCUACAGAUCGUGUAGGCAGGAGUGCCCUUCACAAGGCCAUGCCUGCCCCGUCACAGCCUACCAACGCAGCUUUCAAGUGGAGAACCAGGAGCUCUCCAGAGCCCGAGACAGUGAUGGAGCUGAGGAGGAUGUAGCAUUAACUUCAUUUGGUACUCCCAUUCAGCCGCAGACUGUUGAUCCCACACAAGAGUGUUUCAUCCCACGGGCCAAACUAAGCCCCCAGCAAGAUGCAGGAGUAUAAAUCUACAGGAAACACGAGUAGAGAAAACCCAGCCGACCAUCCUGGGUAGUAUAGCCCUGAUAGGCCACCAGGGCCCACAGAGUCACGCUGCCAAUGAAGAGUCAGAACAUCCCCUCUUCUGUUUCCUAAGCCCUCCAUCCACGUGGACCCUCCACCAGAAGACCACCCUUUUGAGCAUAAUUACAAUCUUGCUGGCCACCCUA